AAGUGCAACUCUAACAGGUAAAUUGGUCAGAUUAACGCACAUCAAACACUGUCAGGUUUUACUGGGUAAACAAUAACUUCUGUUCUCCAGAAAGAACAGACCGCAGCUGCCUUUCCUUUCGUCUUCAGAAGACUUCAACUGCUCGCACAAUCAGCCGACAUGAAUGGCAAGAUGAAUUUGGAGGAAUACUUUAAAAGAAUUGGUUUCCAUGGCUCUUUUGAUAAGCCGGAUCUUGCAACACUGAAGCUGAUUCACAAACUGCACGUCAUGUCAAUUCCUUUUGAGAACCUCAGCAUUCACUGUGGUGAGAGGAUCAUCAUGGACCUUGAGGUCAUUUUCAACAAGGUAGUGAGGAGCAGCCGUGGCGGUUGGUGCUUUGAGAACAACCUCCUGUUUGGCUGGGUGCUGAGAGAAAUGGGCUACGACACCACAAUGCUGGGCUCCACAGUUUUCAUCCAAGUCCUUAAUUCUUUUGACCCCAUUGAAUGUCAUCUCAUCAACAAGGUCAUCAUUGAUGGAAAGGCUUAUAUAGCAGAUGUAAGCCAUGGGAUGUCUUCUCAAGUGUGGGAGCCCCUGGAGCUUGUCUCUGCAAAGGACCAACCUCAGGCAGCAGGUGUUUUUCGCCUCAUAGACAAGGGGGACAUCUGGGUGCUGGAGAAAACUGGUAGAAAGCCAGAGAUUCUCAAUCCAGACUUUGCAAAAUCAAGUCUGGUGGACUGGAAGGUAACAAAGCAGAUCUAUGGCUUCACCUUGGUGCCUUGUGAGGUUGAUCAUUUCUUGGAGACAAACCACACACUCCAGACAGAUCCUGCUUCACUGUUCAUCAGGAAGUCCAUCUGCUCUUUGCAGACACCAACAGGAUUCAGAGCCCUUCUUGGCUGGACCUACAGUGAGGUCACCUACAAACCUGAGGAAGGUGUUGAUGUCUUUGACAUGAGGAACAUAACAGAUGAUGAGAUAGAGCAAAUUCUGAGGGAAAAAUUCAAUGUAAAGCUGCAGAACAAACUGCAGCCUGCAAAUAAAGCAUGUUACACACAAUCCUGCACAUAUUCUCUUUUUAAAGUGAACUGGAAAGAUCUCACAGCCUGUGCUGAUUUCAUGACUAACGGACAGCUUAGUAAAGAAUUCUAACAAUGCUUUGGAUCACAGUUUUCUACAAUGAAAAUCAUGCAAUUGUAUUGCAGCUGACAAAGGACAAAAAAUGGACAACAUGUAUUGGAUUUAUGGGUUUGGUAUAUGUGUAAGAGUAAAGCAUCUUGAGAUGAUGUAAGGCACAGACAUGCUGUUCUUAAGGACAGUAUUAAUAACCAAAGAAAAGUUGUUUUCAAUCUGUAAAAUCUACUUCAAAGCAAUGUUGAUUGCCAUUAUUAUAUACUUUUAUAACUUUGUUAUGCCAGUGUUAUCUGCUAAGAUUUUAUGUAUUAUCAAGUCAUAGGCUAUGAUAAUGGAAACUGUUGUGCCAGGGUGUUCCAGAUUUAGUCUCAUCUGUAUUGUGUAAUCGAUCAUAUAUCACCGUACUUAAAUAUUUGUCUAUAUGCUCGUCAACUUUUGUAUUUUUUCUUCUGAAACACAGCAGAGUCUGUGAUUUUGUCAGAUGGCUGGAGAAGGAAACUGACAUACAUAAAGAGAGUAUAUUGUUGAAGGAAACUGGUUUAUUUACAUAAUCAAUGCAUAAUGUGUUUAUGUUAAUGUUAAUACACAUAUUAUUUGCACAACUUAUGUGUGUUCAUUUUAAUCAUAAGAGAAUAUGAAGCAGAGAGGACCAGAAAAUAAGCGGACAAAGAAAAUUAGAAGAUCAUCUUGACCUGUGAAUACCAGAGUGUAUGAGUAACAAAACACGUUAGUGAAGGAACAACAGAGACACUGUUUGUAUAAUAUAGGAUAGGCCUGUGCUAAAAACAAGCCUCCUAAGGGGAGGUGGCGGUUAGAAAGAGUUUCAGUUAUAUACGGUAGUAACCUUGUGAGUAAAACUGUAAUGUCACAUCAUCUCCUUUUUAAAUUCAUAACCAAUCAGGGACAUCCUGCUCAUUUGGAGGAGUGCAGCAUGACAGGUUUAAAUAUUUGUGUUCUUUGUCUGCACUCUGAAUCCACACCCUUCAUAUUUACGGAUCUGUUUUAAGCUUAUGUGUAAGUCUAAAAUAUGAACCACUUUGUUCUCAAGAGACAGAG